GGAGCCGCUAAAGCAGCCAGUCCAUGCUUCGGAGAGCAGCAUCAGCACUGCUGAAAACCAGCACCGAGAUCACCACCCUCCUCUCCGUGCCUUGGGCCAAAGCUACCCCGAAGCCACACUGUAUUUCCCUUCUCAUUAGGCCGUUCUCCCUCUCGGUCUCCUUGCGUAAGAAGAAAAAGCUAAAUAGUCUUUGGUUGCAGUUGUCUGAAGGACAAAAGAUGGAUGGCAAUAUCGAAGAGGUGCUGGCUCCCCUGAGGCAAGCUGUGAAGGAACAGGGCGAGUUGGUUCGUCAAAUGAAAACCGACGGUGCGCCUGAUGUGGAUGUAGCCAAAGCAGUGGCGGAAUUGAAGGCGCGGAAAAGAACCCUUGAAGCCAAGGAACUUUCCCUUCAGCCCAAAGAUGAUAUUGUGGACAGAACAAAAAUGGAAGAUACUCUGAAGAGGCGUUUCUUUUAUGAUCAGGCUUUCUCCAUCUAUGGGGGUGUGAGUGGACUGUAUGACUUUGGGCCUGUCGGCUGUGCUCUAAAGAACAACAUUCUGCAGGCCUGGAGGCAGCACUUCAUCCAAGAGGAGCAGAUCCUGGAGAUCGACUGCACCAUGCUCACCCCUGAGCCUGUCCUGAAGACAUCUGGACAUGUGGACAAGUUUGCUGACUAUAUGGUGAAGGAUGUCAAGAAUGGCGAGUGCUUUCGUGCUGACCAUCUUCUGAAAGCCCAUCUCCAGAAGCUGAUGUCAGACAAGAAAUGUACUACAGAGAAGAAAGCUGAAAUGGAGGAUGUCAUCACACAGAUGGACAACUACACUCAGCAGGAGUUGACAGAUCUGUUUGUGAAGUACAACGUGAAGUCACCAGUCACAGGAAAUGACCUCACAGCUCCAAUCUCCUUCAAUCUGAUGUUUCAGACCUCUAUUGGCCCUGGAGGGAACAUGACUGGCUACUUGAGGCCGGAAACAGCUCAGGGAAUCUUCCUCAACUUCAAGCGACUGCUAGAGUUUAACCAGGGCAAGUUACCGUUCGCCGCUGCUCAGAUCGGGAACUCCUUCAGGAAUGAGAUCUCCCCCCGCUCUGGCCUUAUCCGAGUCAGAGAGUUUACCAUGGCCGAGAUUGAGCACUUUGUCGACCCAAAUGAAAAGGUCCACCCCAAGUUCUCCAGCGUGGCGGACCUGGAUAUCCUGUUGUACUCGUCCAAGGCACAGACCAGUGGACAGUCCGCCACUGUGAUGAGGCUGGGGGACGCUGUGGAGCAGGGAGUGAUCAACAACUCCGUCCUGGGCUACUUCAUUGGGAGGAUCUACCUCUACCUGACCAAAGUGGGUGUGGCCAAGAAUAAGCUGCGCUUCCGUCAACACAUGGACAACGAGAUGGCCCACUACGCCUGUGACUGCUGGGACGCCGAGACCAAAACCUCUUACGGCUGGAUUGAGAUUGUGGGCUGUGCUGACCGCUCCUGCUUUGAUCUGAUGUGUCAUGCCAGAGCCACCAAGGUCUCGCUGGCAGCUGAGAAACCACUAAAGGAACCCAAAGUUGUAAAUGUCGUCCAGUUUGAGCCAAAUAAGGCAGCCAUAGGCAAGGCCUACAAGAAGGAAGCCAAGUUAGCCAUGGAGUACCUGGCUAUCUGCGACGAGUGCUACAUCGCAGAUCAGGAGAAGCUGCUCAAUGAGAGUGGUGAAUUCACCAUUGAGACAGAGGGGAAAACUUUCAAAAUCACCAAGGACAUGGUGAACAUCAAGAGGUUCCAGAAGACCCUUCAUGUGGAGGAGGUUGUUCCCAAUGUAAUUGAGCCUUCCUUUGGCAUUGGUCGAAUCAUGUACUCCAUUUUCGAGCACACAUUCCAUAUCAGAGAAGGUGAUGAACAAAGAACGUUUUUCAGUUUCCCUGCCACAGUGGCUCCCUACAAAUGCUCCGUCCUUCCACUCAGCCAAAAUCAGGAAUUCACACCGUUCGUCCGGGAAUUAUCUGAAGCCUUGACCAAAAACGGCGUGUCCUACAAGGUGGACGACUCCUCAGGAUCCAUUGGAAGGCGUUACGCCAGGACAGAUGAAAUCGGCGUGGCCUUCGGCAUCACCAUCGACUUCGACACGGUUAACAAGACGCCCCACACGGCCACUCUGAGAGACCGGGACUGCAUGAAGCAGAUCAGAGCAGAGGUAAGCGUGCUGCCCGACAUAAUCCGUGACCUCGCCAAUGGAGCGACAACAUGGGCAGAGAUCGAGAGCAAGUACCCCAUUUUCGAGGGUCAGGAGACAAGCAAGAAAGACACAACUGAGGAGUAGAGUCCCCCUCCCCCCAAACCCUCCUCCUUUCUCAUCUGCCAUCCCCCCACCACCCACCCCCAUGGACAGUUUUACACUCGCCUCCAUAGGAACAAUUUUAUUGCAACUGUUGCAACUGUAAUGUACAAAAAACAAAAACGAUCAACGUGCACCAUUUGUUCCACACGAAUUGCAACCACUUGAGAAAUAUCAGUCACGAAACAAAGCAACAUCUAAGCUUGUUAUUCUGUGUCUAUAACUGAUGCAGACAGUUAAAACUAUAGGCCCUCUCCCUAUCUAACUUGCACAUGCAAAAGGGUUACACAUUUGUUUCAGAAAAAGGGAGAAAGCAACUGUAAUUUGGACUAUUGUGUGGAGAAAAAGAGGCUUUCGCCAUUCCAGUUUAUGGGCAGGUAAAAUUAUGAAAUGGAAAGCAUCUUCGGUUCAAUAAAUAGAGCCUGCACUUUC